AUGAGAUCGUAUGUCGUCUACACGAUGUGCUCCUUCCCCACCCUCGUCGACUGGUCCCCGACCAUGCUUUCCUUCUUUUCCUCUGUCCCAGGUCUCAAACAGGUCACUGAGGGAUUCGUUCGUCGGACCUUCUUUGCGCAGUUCGUGGGAGGCGAGACGGCUCACGAAUGCGUACCCUUACUAGAACAAUUCCGUGCUGAAAACAAGGGCGCUCUCUUCGCUUACAGCGUCGAGGUGGACGAACAUGAGGCCGCAGGCCAAGGCCACAAGCCGUCCGUCCCGGUCCAUAAGCGCAUUGUACAGGAAAUGAUCCGGUCGAUCGACGUCGCAGCCGAUUUUGAAGACCGUCACGCGUCCGGAUCAUCCUCCACCGCGGCAGGAAGAAGGACGUGGGUCGCUGUCAAGCUUACCGCCUUGCUUCCGGAUGCGCAAGCUCUCACCCGUUUUUCUGUGCACCUCACCAAGACCCGGCCUGCCCUAUCUCCAGCCAUCGCGUUCCCCGGAUGUCCGCGCGCGUCCGACAUGGACUGUCUGGCUGUGAGCAAGCUCCCCUCGGAGUCACCUUUAACGGAACAGGACGUUGUCGACAUCAAGGACCUUCACUUGGAUCUGGUCAAAAUAUGUGCACGCGCUCAGGAGCGGGGCAUCCGGAUCAUCAUCGACGCGGAGAACAGUUGGUAUCAACCCGCCAUCGACGCAGUCACGCUAUCCCUCAUGCGGGAGUUCAACGCGCUUCCGAAACGCGCUUUGAUCGAAUCAACUCCUGUACGACCGCUCGUUUAUGCGACAUUCCAAGCCUACCUCCGUCGGAACAUCGAAUAUCUCCAACAGUCCCUUGCAGAUGCUAAAGCCGGCAAUUAUGCUUUCGGCGUGAAGCUCGUCCGGGGCGCCUACCAUCCCCUCGAAACCUCCGCUCAUGCCGCUGCCGCUGCCUCGUCUUCCGUCUCCGGCACCAGACCCCGUCGCAAUAGCCACUCGCUCUCCAUCUCCCCCGACCCUCAUCCGCCCGUCUGGCCAUCCAAGCCCGACACGGAUCGCUGCUACAACGCAUGUGCGCGCCUCCUCGUCUCCGCGAUCCAUGAUGAUGUUGCCGGCGUCGCGGGCGCGGGCGCGCCGCCGACCGUCGGCGUGCUGUUCGGCUCGCACAACUGGGACAGCUGCAACUUGAUUUUGGACGAGCUCGUACGACACGGACUCGCGCAUCGCGAGACAGAGGGCGCGCGCGAGGUUGUCAGGAUCCGUGACGAGGCAACAGAGAGGGUGACGUUGGCGCAGCUUUUUGGCAUGAGCGAUGCGCUCACGGACUAUCUUGUCGAUAAAACGAGAUCGUCCUCGCCGUUCGUGAUCAAGUAUGUCCCGUACGGGGCCUUGUCAGAGGUCAUGCCAUAUCUCAGCCGCAGAGCCAUUGAGAACAAGUCUGUGCUCGGCGACGGCCAGGCUGCAGCCGAACGAAAGCGGGCGUGGGAUGGGAUCCGCGUGAGACUUUUCGGCUGA